AAAACAAAACAAACAAACAAACAAACAAAAAAAUAAAUAAAUAAAAAAAAUCAACAUUGGUUAUGAAAAUUAUAAUGCACCAAAAUUUACAAACAGCUUUAUAGCUUUAUAAAACAGUACUAAUUUAAAACAAAAUUCGCAAAUAUAUAUGCAUCAAACUCAAGUACAUAUAUAUAUAUUCACAUAUACUGUAUACACAUAUUAGGCUCUAUAAACUGUACAGGUAUUAUAUUGUUGUCAAUACACGCAGCGUACUUCACCCAAUGUAGAUGCGGUAAAAAUUAAUCAAACAAUCUGCCAGAAAACUGAGAAAGUUAAAAAAAACAAUCAAAAUUGGUUAUGAAAAUUAUAAUUCACCCUGAUGAAUGAAAUACUGAGGAGUUUCGCACAAUAUAAUAAGACAAAACAAUCAAUAUUAAACAAAAGACCCGGUGACCAGGCAUAACAACAAAUUACUACUCAAAACUAUCGAUCAAUUUGUACUAUCUUGACUCGCCAUACAUCGUUCUAUGGAACGCCUUUAGUAUCUUGUACUAGUUCUGUCCAAACAUAAUGAAGAUUGCGAAUAAUCUAAUGACGAUUACACAUAAUAGGAAAAUUGUACAGAACCGAAGAUACUAACGGCGUUCCAUAUCCUUGUACGCCUCAAUCCCGAUGGAUGUGCAAGCUGAAUCUUUUCACAUUUUAAUGUAAUACAUGUUUUUCUAGAUUGAAACAGCAUUGAUCAAAUAUAGGUUGAGUGCACCUAAAACAUGUUUACAAUGAAAUCUUUGUUAUUUUUUAAAUUUUAUAUUGUUCCUCUUUGUUUACAAUAUACUGAACCAGCUUUUAUGUCAUGUCUUGUACUAUUUUGCACAUUAUUUUGUUCUUAUUAGGAAGGAAAGUUUGAGUUUCAUUUGUUUUGUUUGUAGUAUGGGGUAUGGGGUAAGAGCAGUUAUAAAUAAAAAUAAUAUAUUUAUAAAAUUAUAAUGUUUACAUUUUCUUUUAGAAAACAUCAGAGAGAUCGAUUCUGAUUACAUCAAUUAUAAUAGUAGAUCAUUGCGCAAUGCACGGCGCCAUUGAUUUGGUCCUCAAAUCCAAACUUGGCACAAUUAUUCACCCGUAUUCACGUUGUACAGACAAAACGAUACAAGUCCAUGCCAUCGUUUGCCUCUGUCAGUUGCAGUCUGAGGACGGUAAAGAUAUGUUUCUGCAGGAUGAAAUUUUGGUGCUAACCCUGACCGACGCCAUCCGACAUGCGCUAAACUCUCCAGACCACUGCUAUGCAGAGGUACAGUUGUCAUUUUUGCUGAAGGGUUUGGCACAACUUGCUAGCAAAGACACGAAUCAUUCCAUACUAUUGUCAAAUGGUGUCAUUGAUUUGUUGAAGUCCGUCGUCAGAGUUGGUGACGUGAAGGAAAGUAAUAUCUGCAUGAAUGCGUUCUGGUUACUGAGUUUUGAUCCUUCUGCAAAGCAGCUCAUGAGAGAUGACUCGGAGUUGAUGGAUAUGUUGGAUACUCAAUCGAAAUGUGACAUGCAAAACACUAGAAAUGCAGCAGACGCCGUCAUAAAACAAGUAGAAGAGAUAGACGCCUCACAAGUAAUUGGAGGCAACGAUGAAUCUAAUGAAGAAACAACUGACGAGCAAGAGCUUAUCAAAACUGAGCAGGAAACUCCAAAGAAACGGAAACACGUCAUGAUCAGCUACCAAUGGGAUACGCAAGAAAUUUUGCUGCGAGUUCGAGACAAACUAAAAGAAUGUGGCUACGAAUUGUGGAUGGAUGUUGACAAUAUAGGAGGAUCGACACUGCAAGCAAUGGCAGAGGCCGUGGAGGAGUCAGCCGUCGUAUUGGUGUGUUACUCACACAGAUAUAAAAGCAGUCCAAACGCAAGAACAGAGGCUGAAUAUGCAUUUCAACUUCGUCGAGACAUCAUACCACUUAAGAUGGAAAAGGGCUACCAGGCAGACGGUUGGCUCGGCGCCAUUAUCGGCACAAAACUCUACAUUGAUGUGGAUCCUGAAGGCAACGGUUUUGAUACCUCAAUGAAGGCGCUGAUCAAGGAACUAGGAGAUCGAGGUAUAAAGCAAGAUGCUGACGUAACUGGUGCCGUUGCGCCCAAGACGGAGAUUGUAACUCGCACGUCGGUAAAUGCUGUCACACAGUGGACUCGACUUGACGUCAUUCAAUGGGCGAAGCAAAACAGUAUUAAGAGUCGAAAGGUGGCUAAUAUGACUGGGGAAGAUUUGUUGUUUCUACAAAAUCUCAGAAAAGAAGCACCAGAAUAUUUUUUCGGCACUUUAGAGAGGAAACUUGGAAUAAGGAGUCUUAACCAAAUUCGAAUAAUGUCAACCGCACUGAAAAACCUAUGAAGGAUAUAUAAUCUAGAUAUCUGGCCGUGUUUGUCAGACACUAGCAGAUACAGUAAAUAGACACAACCUAUUAUAAAUAUUUUCUUUGAAGUACAGUAUAAGUGAAACGGUUUUGUUGUACUCAUGUAAGGUUGCCAAGAAAUGUUAUUGAUUGCAGGAAAUUAGUAUAGCAGGGAUCCCAGUUGGAAGAACUCAUUUCCGGGUGAACUGUUCAAACGAGCAUUUUUAUUGCACAUCUAAUCUUGUUUUGCUGCUUAUGAUGACACCAAUUCGAUACUGAUUUUCGUGAGACAAAAUUAUAACAAAGGGAGUACGAAAAAAAAACACCAUCCAGAUUUUAUGAACUUACGGGAGAUGGGUUAUAUUCACAGGUAAAUUCUGUUCCGGCUGCGUGAGUGCGGUAGGCCGUCUUGAUUUCCCGGCAGUCCCCGCAACUUGCGGGAGAUUUGCGACCCCUGGGAUAGAGUUUAUGCAGAUCGUUCUUGUUAUAUUUCUAUAAAUUUCUGUAGGGUUUUUGUAUGUAUGUUAUAUGGAGAGUUAUGUCGAAAUUAUAUGGAUGAUUCUUCAAAUUGAACCAUUUUUUUAUGUUUAAUAUUUAAUUUAAAAAAAAUGAUUACUAGUAUAAAUAAUGCAUUACGCCUAUAUUUCGCAAUAUCUAUAGGUUUCAUAUUUUUAUUGGUACGGAUUUCCAUCGUUAAAGGUGCUAUUUGAGGUUAAGAAAUAUAAUUUUGUAUUUGACUGUAAACAUGUUUGAGCGCUAUAUUAGGCCUGAUGUAUGUAAAUUUAUUUAUGAUGUAUGUGCUCUCUUAAGUGAGAUCUUUUUAUCAGUAUUCCAAUACACUAAAUUAUAUAUUAUAUAAAUUAAAUGUGUUAUUCUAUUUCUAGCAUUUUUGUAGGCUAAUGCCGACCAUGUUGUUUAUGUAGAUUGCCACCAAGUGCAUCUAUUUUUCUAUGUAUAACAUGGAAAUAAAGUUGUUUUUUUUCUUGCCGUAUGAUAGAAACACUUCAAUUAUUGAACUUCAUUAACACUCAACAAAAAAAAA